UUAAUAUGUUUUUAUUUAGGUUCAUUUCGAAAACAUAACCUAAAACGCCACCAAAAUAUGGAGAUUUUUAUGAGAAUCCAACAAAACGGGUACAAAUACGGUAAAUACGUGAUAAAUUACGCCGGUUUGUGGGAAUACAACAACAUUUCCGAGGUUUUAUUGGGAAUUAUUUGUUGCAAUAAAGUGAAAUUAAAAAAGAAUAGGAUUCAAGCUUACAUCGAUGGAAUUUGCCUUCAUUAUUUAUUAAAGGAAUUAAGAUAUUGUCCGAAUUAUCGAAAACAUUACGUGGACGUUUGUUGGAAUAAAUCGAAUAGAAUCAUUUUUCAAUUAAUCGAACCAAAACUACAAAUAAUUGAUUAUAAUUGGAAUCGACGCAUAUCGUUUUUAGUUUACGAAAGAGCCGAAUUAGAGCACACCUUAUCAUGGUUAUCGACUUUGGGUGGGGCCUUUUCCGCUUUAGGAGAUUAUUAUGAAAAUUUUGCCCUCGUUGCUGGGAAAAUCUCCUAUAACCAACUACUUUUAGCGGUGAAAAUGGGGGACCCCACGAUUGCAGCGCGUUGUAGAUUGUAUUUUAGUUUGAGUUUGAUACAAAGGCAACAGUAUAAAAUGGCGAGGCAAAUUAUAAAGCGAGAGUACGAUAACGCGAAACAAGCGGUUGUUGUCGAAGGACGAUUGUUGAAGAUGUGUUUAGGAAUAUGGUCUAAAUUGCAAUACGAAUACCGAUUAAACAAGGAAAAUAAUAAAAAUUUACCUAGUAUAAAGUGGAAAUUUGAAAAUAAUUAAAUUAUUUUUUUAUAUUAAA